AUGUUUGGAGCAAGAUUUGAUCCUUCGUCGUUCGAGGAGGAGUAUGAUGAGCCCCAGAAGAAGAGUCCUAUACUAAUAAGGAAAAGACGGUUAAGUCAUGCUACUGUGGAUAGUGAUAAAGAAGAGGAAGAUAUAGAAUCAGAUAAUAACGAAGAGAGUCAAAGUGAAAGUGAAAGUGAAAGUGAUAGUGAAAGUGAGAAUGAAAACAAUAUUGAGGAAGAAUCAAAUGAUGAAGAAUCAAGUGAAGACCAAUCAAGUGAAGACGAAUCAAGUGAAGAAGACUCUAGUAAUGAUGAAUCUGAUGAAGAGGAAACACAAAAACAAGAAUCAACUACUUCUAAAGAAGAAGAUAAAGAUGAUAUGGAAAUUGAUUCAGUUCCAGAACUUGAUCCUGACUACUUAUCCAAGCAUCAAUCCAUUUUCAAAAAGUUUAAUAAAACCAUCAAACGUCAAGAAUUAAAACAAGAUUCAUCCUCAUCUGAAGAAGAGGAAGAAGAAAUUGAAGUUCAAGAUUUGGCUCCAUUACCUCAACCUGCUUUACCAAGAGAUAAACGUUUAACAUCAAAUACAGCCAAUUUGAAUAACUUGAAUUGGUUAACCACUCCUAUAUAUGUGUCACCACAAGAUACAAAACCAUUUCAAGACUUUGAACUAUCAUCAUUUAUGUUAAAGAAUUUAUCACAUCUUAAUUUCACUCAUGCAUUUCUGGUUCAAAUAGCAGUAUUAAACCUAUUAUUGAAAGAUAUAAAGGAUAAUAAACUUCAACCUGAUUUCAAAGGUGAUUUAUUAGUCAAUGCAUCAACUGGAUCUGGUAAAACUUUAGCAUACCUGAUCCCGAUUAUAGAAAGUUUACAUACAAGAAUAGUUCCAAGAGUUAGGGCUAUCAUAUUAGUUCCAACCAAACCAUUAAUCAAUCAAGUUAAAACCACUUUGAAUCAAUUAUCUAAAGGUACCAAUUUAUUAAUCACAAGUUUAAAGAAUGAUAUUUCCAUUAAUGAAGAAUCCAAUAAGUUAAUGCUUAAUAUACCCGAUAUAAUCAUUUCAACCCCCGGUAGAUUGGUUGAACAUAUCUCCAAUAAUUCUAUCAAUUUACUGGCAUUGGAAUAUUUGGUUAUUGAUGAAGCUGAUAGAUUAUUAAAUCAAUCAUUUCAAAAUUGGUGUUCUAUCUUAAUGAGUAAAAUUGAUCAUAAUAUCAAUAUUGCAAAUACUUGGAAAUUAAGAGUUAAGAAAUUAAUCUUUUCUGCAACUUUAACUACUGAUGCUGGAAAAUUAACCCCAUUAAAGUUUCAAAUUCCAAGAUUGAUCAUUGUAAAUGAUGAAGAAAGAUUAGUUAAUGAGUUAUAUACUGUUCCAUCUAAAUUAAAGGAAUUUUCAUUAAAAUUCGGUUCAUCAAAAUCAUCCAUCAAACCAUUGAUUUUAACGAAAUAUUUACUUCAACAACAAAAACUUGCCAACAUAUUAAUCUUCACCAAAUCAAACGAUUCAUCCUUAAGAUUAGCCAAAUUACUUCAAUUGUUAUUUAAUAAGUAUGUUCAUUUAUCUCCUGAACCGAUAGAAGUAUCCUAUAUAAACUCUACUAAUAAUAAGACUGCCAUCAGAACAAAAAUCUUAAAGGAUUUCAGUCAACAAAAAGUUCAUAUCCUUAUCGCUACAGAUUUGAUUGCCAGAGGUAUUGAUAUACUAUCAAUCACAGAUGUGAUUAAUUAUGAUUUACCAAACUCAUCUCGUGAAUACGUUCAUAGAGUGGGUAGAACAGCUAGAGCUCAACAAGAUGGUAAUGCUUAUAAUUUCUUAUUUGGUAAGGGUGAAGCUAAAUGGUUUAAGAAGUUAAUGACAGAUAUCGGUAGAGAUAGUCCAAUACAGAAUAUAGAUGUAACUGCUAAAGAACUAGUUACUGCUGAAGAUGAGACUCUCUACGAGACCUGUUUACAAGAAUUACAAAAGCAAGUACAUAGCAAGUAA